CGGCAAUGUUUUCUGUUUAUUUACGUUACAUGUCGAAACUUAUUUGAAAUUCGUGUUAAAAUCAGUAAAAUUCAGAAACUUCAUUUUUAAUUGAAAAGCACCAAUCAGCAAAGUGGAUGCCACAUUUCAAAUAAUUUCGUAAGAGAAAAAAAGCACCGUCAAAUGCAAAAACGUCUCUAGAGUGUGAAAAUGGUGUACAGCUAUCGCCGGACAAGCAACUUCAUGGAUCAACUCUUUAAUGAUCUCUUUCAAGAAUGCAAAUACGUUGCUCCUGGCGCGAGACUUUCGUAUUCGUUGCGAAAUCGCCUAGAAAAAUACAAAGUUGAUGUGCGGAAGGAAAUAGUUUCCCGCAUGAAAGAUGGUUACGCUCCUCUGUUCAUCGCUUGCAAGAGAGGUCACGUCGAGAUUGUCGAAUAUCUGAUUUCGGUUUGCGAUGCAGAUGUCGAGCAACGAGGAAUGUACGAAGUGCCUGACGACAGAUCAGUCCAUUGCGUCACUCCCUUAUGGUGUGCCGCGGUAUCAGGAAAACUGCCUAUUAUCAAGUGCUUGAUAUCCCAUGGAGCCGAAGUGAAUGCAGUCUCGGACAGUGGAUCCACUCCUGUACGAUCAGCUUGUUUCAUGACACACCUCGAAAUUGUGUCAUUUUUGGUGGAGAAAGGAGCCGACAUUCUCAGAGCAAAUUACAAUGGCGGAACAUGUUUAAUCAAUUCCGUGCAGAGUGUGGAAUUAUGCACCUUUCUUUUAAGGCAUGGUGCGGAUGUCAACGCCAGAGAUAUACAAAAUAAAAGUGCAUUACAUUACGCGAUUCAGGAACACAGAUUUGAAACGACCAAACUUUUACUAGAUUAUCAUGCGGAUCCACACCUUAAGUCCCGAUAUAAUGACGAUGCUCUUCAAACUGCCUGCCUUAAAGGUGCUACGCAAAUAUUCGAUUACUUGGUGGAAAAUAUUUCCUAUUCGCCCCAAAGAUUGGCGGACGCUCACGAGUUAAUGGGAUCCACAUUUUUCAAUGAGCACAAUGAUACGCAAACAGCAUUGAAGUAUUGGCGAACUGCUAUGACUAUCAGGAAUAAUAAUAUGGUGGAUGGUAAACCAUUGCCAAAGUUUCCGCUAAUGCCAAAAAGAGAUAGUUUCCGAAAUGCAACCGAGUUCGCCACAAUGGAGGAGUUGAACAGUGUUAUGUUAGAUUUGGAUGCAAUUAGAAUCCAAAGUUUGUUGAUUUGUGAGCGGAUUUUGGGCCCUCAUCAUAAAGAUACACUCUUCAGACUGAUGUACAGAGGAGCUUCGUAUGCUGAUGCACUAAGGUAUCAAUACUGCAUAGAUUUAUGGAGAAGAGCUCUAGAAAUUCGAGUGGAGAAAGAUUCUAUUUUGUUUAGUGAUACCUGCUUUACUGCUCAAGCUCUCGUUCGUUUGAUGGUUGAUUUAAACGAAAAAGUAUUCGAAAUGGUAGACCGAAAUCGUGAAAAGCAAGAACCAAGAUUCUAUGAUGUUGUAGCAAUAUUUAAAUUACUUACGGGACAACUCACAGAAGCGAGGUUACUCUUGGAGAAGCGUCCAGUGCAUAAAAAGCAGCGAGAGAGUUAUGAUCGCAUUCUCAAAUGUGUGACGCAUUUGAUAUACCUGCUGCUGGAAACGGCACAAUCGAAAGAGGAAAAAGACGAAAUGCGGCAGCUAGUUCACAAUUUGGUUAGACAGAAUCCAAAAUGCGCCUCCACCGAGGACACUCUCUUGCAUCUUUGUGUGUCGAGAGUAAAUACCAUUCACUCAAACUAUUUCACUGCCGACGAUAUACAAAUGAUAUUUCCGCACUUGGAAGUAGUCAAAUUACUUCUGGAAUCUAGAGCCCACGUAAAUGCGAAAAACGAUUCGCGCUCUACUCCUCUGCACAUCGCAAGCAAGUCCUGCAACUUCCACAACUCUCUCAUAAAACUCCUUUUGGAUUAUGGGGCUCACCUAGACACACCAAAUAAAGCUGGCGAAACACCAGCAAGCCUGAUAGCCUCGAAUCCUGCGAGCAACAUAAAUCUGGUAAAUUACACAAGUUUGCAGUGCCACGCUGCUCAAGCAAUUUGCAAAUAUGGAAUUCAGUGCAACGAAUUGCCAGCGACUUUACAUCAAUUUCUUGAAUUUCAUCGAGAAUAAGUAUAAAAAAAUUUAUAUUUAUAUAUAUAUAUAUAUCUUCUGCGCUUUUUCCGUUUAAGAAGAAUCAGGCGCGACAAGAUAAUAAGCCAUUGACCUGUACGAUAUUACAAUAAUAUUACCAAUACAAUCCCAUAUUAUUAAUAUAAAUUCGUAGCGAAAACUUUUUACUCUGAGAACAAACUAGCAUUCGCAUUAUUUGCAACUCACAGUAGACUAACAGCGAUAAUAAUAUUAUACAGCGCGUCCAAAUUUGAAAGACUGGUCGACAGAAGAUUUUUUUACGACAUUGGGGAAACCACCCUACAGGGGAUAAUUAUUAAUUAAAAAUACAAAUAUAUGCAAAAUAAUUAAUUUAAUUUAAUUAACAGUUGAGGAGAGAGAGUAAGUGUUUAUAAGUUAAAUUUUAAAUUAUUUUCCUAUUCUUUGUGCCUUUAAUUAAUGAUUAUCCACUAGAAUUAGGAAUAUCAGGGUGUC